AUGGGGCACCGGGCUACCCACAGACCCCAACCCCCUCACCCCCACGCAUCCCUCGCGUUCCCGGCCUCCCGUCCCUUCUCCUUCGCCACCACCAUCACCACCAGCUCUCAUCGCCGUCCUCGAGCAGUCCCAUCAAUCCGUCCGAGUCGUAGAAAAAAGGGCUCAUCUUCGCAGCUCCCCACCUUCUCUCUGUCGCCUUUCACCCGAACACUGGUCCCUCCUUUCGACACCCCCGCCUCCUCUUCUUGCAUCCUAUCCCGCCCUCACUGCCUCGCUCCGACCUUCGCCAUGUCUUCGCAGCAGCAACCCUCCCUCGCAGCAACAGCAGCAGCAGCAGCUUCUUCCAAUGCCUCCCCCGCCGCAGCAGCAGCAUCCAACCACGCAGCCAACGGCGGCGCCCACUCGGCCCCGCUCAAGAGCGCCAUCGUACGCAGCGUCCUGAGCGGCGACACCGUCAUCAUCCGUCCAAAGGGCGUAAACACCCCCGGAAAGGAGGAGACGGUCCACAUCGCAGGCAUCGCAGCCCCCCGCCUCGGCUCUCGCGAGCGCGAAGACGACCCGCAGGCCUUUGCGUCGCGCGAGUACCUCCGCUCCCUCGUCGUCGGCCGCGAGAUCCGCUACCGCAUCGAGUACACCGUCCCCGCACCCGCAGCCAUCUCCGGCAACACCAUCUCCCAGCCUCGCCAGUUUGCCCACGUCUACCUCCCUCCCAAGGCGCCCGGACAGCCCGACACCAACGUGGCCCACGAGAUCCUCGCCGCGGGCUGGGCAAAGGUGCACGACUCGGCGACCAAGCGCCCCAACGCCGGCCCCUCGGACGAGGACGAGGAGGGCGGCUGGAAGCAGCGCCUCCGCGCCGUCCAGGAGGAGGCCUCGGCCGCCGCCGUCGGCCUCUGGGGCCCCGACGAGCUGCUCAAGGUGGACCACUCGAUGCCCGAGGACACCGCCGCCUUCCUGGCCGAGUGGAAGGGCAAGCCGAUCGAGUCAAUCGUCGAGCAGGUCCGCGACGGCAGCAUGCUCCGAGUCCGCCUCCUCCUCAGCUCCAACCACCACCAGAUCAUCAACCUCAGCCUCGCCGGCAUCAAGUGCCCCCGCGUCGCCGGCGGCGGCGGCGGCAGCCCUUCGGACGCCAGCGAGCCCUAUGGCGAGGAGGCCAAGUUCUUCGUCGAGAGUCGCCUCCUCCAGCGCAACAUCAAGGUCACCCUCCUCUCGGUGCCCCAGCCCGUCGCUGCCCCGACCCCGUUUUCGGCAACCGCCUCGACUGCCUCCUCGUCCGCCGCGCCCGCUCCGGCCCCGACUGCCACCGUGCUGAUUGGCAUGGCCCUCCACCCCGUCGGCGACAUUGCCCAGUUCCUGCUCGCCGCCGGCCUCGCCCGCUGCAUCGACUGGCACGCCGGCAUGCUCGCCCCGCACGGCGGCAUGGAAAAGUACCGCACCGCCGAGCGCAGCGCCAAGGACAAGCAGCUCAACCUCUGGAAGUCGUACAAGCCCGCCGCCUCGUCGGCCACGGCGCUCUCGGCCCAGCCGGUGGCCGCGCGCACGUUUGACGCCGUCGUCUCGCGCAUCAUCUCUGGCGACACGAUCCAGGUGCGCCGGGUGGACAAGGACGGCUCCCUGGCGCCAGAGCGUCGGAUCCAGCUCUCCUCGAUCCGCCAGCCGGCCGUCAAGGAUGCCAAGCAGGCUGGCUACGCCGCCGAAGCGCGAGAGUUCCUACGCAAGCGCCUCGUCGGCAAGACGGUCUCGGUGCAGAUGGACUACGUCAAGCCCAAGGAGGGCAACUUUGACGAGCGCGAGUACGCCACGGUCCGGUCCGGUGGCAAGGACGUCGACGUCGGCGAGCUGCUCAUCGCGCGCGGCCUUGCCACCGUCAUGCGCCACAAGCGCGACGACGAAGAUCGCUCUCCCGGGUUCGACAAGCUGAUGGAGGCCGAAGCCAAGGCCAUGGCCGAGUCAAAGGGCCUCCACUCGGGCAAGGAGCUCGCCGCGCCGCGCCUCGCCGAUGCGUCCGAGAGCGCGACCAAGGCCAACGCCUUCCUGCCCGGCAUGAAGCGCGCCGGCCGCCUCCAGGCCACGGUCGACUUUGUCGCCUCGGCGUCGAGGUUCAAGCUGAUUGUGCCGCGCGAAAACGCGCGUAUCACCUUUGUCCUUGCCGGCAUCCGCGCGCCCAGGACGGCGAGGAACGCGUCGGAAAAGGACGAGCCGUUCGGCCGCGAGGGGCUCGAUUUUACGACGAUGCGAGCGCUGCAGCGCGACGUCGAGAUCGAGGUCUACUCGACGGACAAGGCGGGCGGCUUCAUCGGCGCCAUGUUCCUCAACAAGACCGACAACUUUGCCGCCUCGCUCGUCGAGCAGGGCCUCGCCAACGUGCACGGCUACUCUGCCGAAUCGACGCCCUUCUACCAGCUGCUGGCCGAUGCCGAAGCCAAGGCGCAGCGCGAGGGCAAGGGGAUGUGGAAGGACUACAACGCCGCGGCCGAGGGCGACGGCCCCGACUCCGGAUUCCCCGCCGCCGCUGGCGCUGCUGCUGCGACGGGCGCCGGUGUCUCGGGCCCUCUCAACGGCACAUCGGCAGGUGCCAAGCCGGCGUGGAAGCUGGGAGGCGCUGGCAAGCCGGCCUCGGGUGGCGCUGCCGCCGCCGCCUCCAACGAGCCCGCACCGGCACGGGCUGACUAUGUCGACUGCAUCAUCUCGGACGUGCGCGGUGGGCUGGACGACGUCGACCCGCGCACCGCGUCGACGAACUCGGGCGCCGAGCCGUUCGGCUUCUCGCUGCAGGUGCUGGGCGACCAGAUCGACGAGCUGGAGAAGAUGAUGUCCGAGUUCGCGCUGCACCACAAGACGCCGUCGGCGCAGGCCUCGGUGGGCUUUUUCCCGCGCGCCGGCGACCUCGUCAGCGCCAAGUUUUCGCAGGACGGGCAGUGGUACCGCGCCCAGGUCAAGCGUUCCUCGACGGGCGCCAAGACGGCCGAGGUCGUGUUUGUCGACUACGGCAACAAGGAGACGGUGUCGUUCCGCGACCUGCGGCCGCUCGACGCCGCCCGGUUCGGACGGAGCCGGCUGGCGCCGCAGGCCAGGGAGGCGCGGCUGUCGUUUGUGCGCCUGUUUGACGGCAAGCAGAAGGAGUACGUCUACGAGGCCAUUGACCGCUUCCGCGCCACGGCAGGCGACGGCCGCAAGCUGGUGGCCAACAUCGACUUUGUCGAGCCGGGCACCGGCCUGCUGCACGUCACGCUGUGGGACGCCAGCAGCACGCAGCAGGGCGUCGAGAUGGAGAGGCAGAGCGUCAACGUCGAGCUCACCGAGGCCGGCUGCGCCCUCCUCGACGAAAAGGUCAGGUACUGGGCCAGCUACCCCAAGAUGACCAAGGCGCUCCGAGAGGCCAUCGAGGGCGCCAAGAAGAGGAGGGAGGGCUGCUUCGAGUACGGCGACCCCACCGAGGACUAG